UGGUGCUGAUCCGGGUCUCUGUCCAUGGUGCUGAAGCCGCGGUGCUGAUCCCGCGGAGCUGAAGCUGGUCCCGUCCCGCGGAGCUGAGGACCGGACUGUGUCUGGAGCUGACCCCGCGGAGCUGGACCUGCGGCCGGGCCUGGAGGAGCCGGAGGAGCCGGGGCCCCGGGAGCUGCGGCGGAGCUGAGGCGGGGAUUCAGCGGCCUGUGAGCGGCCUGUGAGCGGCCUGUGUGUCGGUGUUCCGCCGGAGAUGAGGCCGCGGAGGGGGAGGGGAGGCCAGUAGAAGAUGAGUCAAGACCCGGAAGAAACCAGAACCAGAACCAGAUCCAAAGGAAUCCGGGCAGAACCAGAACCGGCCGGUCCGGAGAUGAAGCUGGAGAUCAGCAGCAGCUGUCCAACCCCCGGAUGUGACGGUAAAGGCCACGUCAGCGGAAGAUACUCCCGACACCGAAGCGUCCUCGGCUGUCCCAUCGUGAAGAAGAGGAAGCUGGAAGAGGCCGAAGCCGAAGAAAACACGUCCACGGCGAAGAGGAAGAACCAGCCGUCCAGACGGAUGGAGGAGGACGGAGACUCGGCGGAGGAGACGAGAGACGAGGAAGAGGAGGAGACGAAGAACGAAGGAGGAGGAGCCACAGAAUCAACCAAACCGGUCUGCUCACUAGAGACGACUGAAGAGACAGAGAUAUCCGUUCUUCCAGACGGCGACGCCGAGAACCGAAGCGUCUCAGAGACCGAGAACAAACCAGGUUCCCAGGUGGAACCAGAACCAGAACCAGAACCGGAACCAGAACCACAACCGGCCGGCGAUCAUCCAGACAAGACUCCAGAGACGAGGGCCGAGGAAGAGGAGGAGGAGGAGGAGGAGGAGGACCAGCCGUCAGAUCCUACUGCAGAGGAGACUGUGGUGACUGUGGACGAGCAGAGAGACGACGAGGAAGACGAGGCAGACGAAGACGAGGAAGAAGAAGAAGAAGAAGAGGAAGAAGAAGAGGAACAGGAAGUGACGGCUGUGGAAGAGAGAGAGUUAGGAAGACGGAUCAUGAGGCAGGAGAACUCGGACCACCAGUACACGAGCGGAGACUACAACCUUCAGAACAAAGAGUCCAAACGGCGGCCGGAGGAAGAGGAGGAGGAGGAGGAGGAAGAGGAGGAAGAGGAAGAACAGGACGGAGGAGGAGAAGUGGGGACGCCGUACGACAUGAGUCCGUCUACUCAGGGAUCUGAAGCCGCCGUCGUGUCACUCAGGGAGGAAAAGGUCCGAGCCGAGGAAGAGGAGGACGAAGAGGAGAGAGAGGAAGAGGAGGAUGAGAGGCAGGAGAAGGAGGACAGUGAAGUGGUAGAAGAGGAGGAGGAGGACUCCAGCAAGGCCUCUCCGAGCACGGUGGUGAUAGAAGUCCGGUCUGAGGAUGACGACGAGGAGGAAGAGGAAGAGGAGGAGGAAGAGGAAGAUGAGGAGGAGGAGGAGGAAGAGGAGGAGGAGGAGGAAGAGGAGGAGCAUGACCGGGCCUCGGAGGGGUCAGGGGUCACCGACGACUCUGAGAACUGGGACAUGACCCGGGGGAACCUGGGCCUGCUGGAGCAGGCCAUCGCCCUGAAGGCCGAGGAGGUGCAGGGGGCCUCGCCGGGGGCCUCGCUGGGGGCCUCGCUGGGGGCCUCUCCGGGGGUCUCUCCGGGGGCCUCGCCGGGGGCCACGCCGGGGGCCUCGCCGGGGACCACGCCCCGCAGCUCGCCGGACUACCAGCCCUACGCCUCCCCGGGCAAGGCCUGCGAGGCCGGGAUGCCCCGCCGCCACACUAGCUACAGCAAAGACAAGAAGGAGGUGAAGUGUCCCACCCCCGGGUGUGAUGGGACGGGUCAUGUGACCGGGUUGUACCCUCAUCACCGCAGCCUGUCUGGGUGUCCUCACAAAGACCGGAUCCCCCCAGAGAUCCUGGCCAUGCACGAGAACGUGCUGAAGUGUCCGACGCCCGGCUGCACCGGCCAGGGACACGUGAACAGCAACCGCAACACACACCGCAGCCUGUCCGGCUGUCCCAUCGCCGCCGCCACCAAGCUGAACAAGAGCCAGGACAAGCAGGUGCACUUGCAGGCUGCGUCCAGCGAGCCGUCGUCCAACUCCGACCGAGUCCUCAGGCCCAUGUGCUUCGUGAAGCAGCUGGAAAUCCCCCAGUACGGCAGCUACCGGCCCAACGCCGUCACCACCACGCCGCGGGCUAACCUAGCCAAGGAGCUGGAGAAGUACUCCAAGGUUUCCUUCGACUACGCCAGCUUCGACGUCCAGGUGUUCGGCAAGAGGAUGAUCGCGCCGAAGAGCCCCGGCACCGCCGACUCCUCGCCCAAGGCCUUCAAGCCGAAGCCGUUCCCGAAGGCGUCGUCUCCGAGCAACAGCGUGUCUGGAGGAUUCAAGGGCAGCUUGUCCUCCAGCAGCUACGACUACAGCCAGGACGCCGAGGCGGCGCACAUGGCGGCCACCGCCAUCCUGAACCUGUCCACGCGCUGCUGGGAGAGGCCCGAGAGCCUGACGCCGCGGGAGCCCUGCAAGGAGUCGGACAUCGAGGUGGACGAGAACGGCACGCUGGACCUCAGCAUGAAGAAGGCCAAGAAGGACGGCAUGCAGUCCCCCGAACCCUCGUCUUCCUCGUCCUCGUCCUCCCAGCACGUGGGGGCGGGGCCUCCGCAGGGCCACGCCCACCCGGAGUGGGAGGAGCCUCUGGACUUCACCAAGACGGGCGGAGUCAAGGAGGAAGACCGGGAGGAGAUGGACUACGCACCUCCGUCCUACACGUCCUCCGAGGCCGAGGACGAGGACCAGGACCAGGACAACCUGGACAACCUGGAGGGCCUGGAGAGCCUGGAGAGCCUGGAGAGCCUGGAGGACAGGAAGUAUCCUGGAGAAGUCACCAGCUCCAGCUUCAAGCUCAAGUUCCAGCCCAAAGACAGCAAGAAAGACGUCCUGGUAUGUCCCACACCAGGAUGUGAUGGAAGCGGACACAUCACUGGGAACUACGCCUCGCACCGCAGUCUGUCAGGCUGUCCUCUCGCUGAUAAAUCCCUUCGGACCCUCAUGGCUGCCCACACAGCUGAGCUGAAGUGUCCCACGCCGGGCUGUGACGGAUCCGGCCACAUCACGGGAAACUACGCCUCGCACCGAAGCUUGUCCGGAUGUCCGCGAGCCAAGAAAGGAGGAAUCAAGACGACCCCGACCAAGGACGACAAGGACGACUCUGAGCUGCUGAAGUGUCCGGUUCCGGGCUGCGACAGCCUGGGCCACAUCAGCGGGAAGUACGCCACCCACCGCAGCGCCUACGGGUGCCCGCUAGCCGCCCGCCGGCAGAAGGAGGGGCUUCUGAACGGGACGCCCUUCUCCUGGAAGGCCUUCAAGACCGAGGGGCCCACCUGCCCCACGCCGGGCUGCGACGGCUCCGGCCAUGCUAACGGCAGCUUCCUCACGCACCGCAGUCUCUCAGGUUGUCCCCGGGCUUCAGCCAACAAGAAGAAGGUGAGGUUACCGGGAGACGAGUACAUCACUGCAAAGUUCCGGGCCAGUGACGUUCUGGACAACGAUGAAGACAUCAAGCAGCUCAACAAGGAGAUCAACGACCUGAACGAUUCCAACUCAGAGAUGGAGACGGACAUGUUUAACCUGCACACGCAGAUCUCGUCGAUGGAGAAGAACCUGAAGAACAUGGAGGAGGAGAACAAGCAGAUGGAGGAGAAGAACGAGGCUUUGUUCCUGGAGCUGUCGGGCCUGAGCCAGGUUCUGAUCCAGAGUCUGGCCACGAUCCGGCUGCCCUCCAUGCAGGAGCCGCUAACGGAUCAGAACUUCGACUCGUACGUGGACACGCUGACCCACAUGUUCACCAACAAAGACUGCUACCAGAACCCGGAGAACCGGGCCCUGCUGGAGUCCAUCAACCAGGCGGUGAAGGGGAUCGAGGUGUGACCCGGCCCGGCCCGGCCCGGGUCCUUAACGGGUCGUUACCGGGUCCUUAACGGGUCGUUAACGGCGGUGGAACCGCUCCAUCCUUCCCUGUUGAGCUGCAUUUUGUAAUAACGGUGCAUUUUGUAAUAAAUGUUGUUAUUGCAUUUUGAGAAGGUUAUUAUAAAAUGCACUUGCAACUUUUUUUAGGAAAUGUAAAAACAUGGUGCAUUAUGUAAUAAUACCUAUUAUUAUUGUUUGUUUAACAAUGAAUUUAUACAAGAGUGACUUUUGUUGUUUUUAUGCAAUUUCCCUUAGAGCUUUGUAGCCCAAUAAAUCUAUGUAUAAACUCCAAAUAUAACUUUAGUUUCCUAUUUGAAGUUUGGAAUUAUACAGGCCAAUAACAAACAAAUAAACUAUGCUUUACAAUUGUUAUUACAUAAUGCACCGUGUUAUUACAUUUUCUAGAGAAUAAAAAAGUUGCAAGUGCAUUUCGUAAUAAUCUUCUCAAAUUGUAAUAACUUAUUACAAAAUGUGUUGGGGAAGUUUAUUACAAAAUGAAAUGACAAAGUUAUUACAUUUUGGACGUUUAUUACAAAACGCGGCUCAUCUUUCCCUCCGGACUUUCACACUAAACUCCUGUCUUUUUGGAUUUUUGUCCUCCGUUCCUGCGUUUCUUUCCUGUUUGCAUGUUGCUUUUCGACAGUGUGACUGUGAACAGAUAUGUGCAGGAAUCUCUGUAUGUCGGGCGAGCCAGUGCAGAACAAAGUGGGCGUGGCGGCCGGGGGCGGGGCUACGGCGGCCGGGGCGGGGCU